AUGAUACCCCACCAGACCACCACUGGCACCUUCACCACCAACCUCGCAUCAUCUUUACCUUCACAACCGCCCAUACUCAGGACGGCAAUGGCGCCACAAGGUCUCUUUGCCGUUCAAAAACCCCAAGGCCUGACCUCAGCAGCCGUAAUCCGACAAUUGCAAGUCAUCUUCCGUAACCACGCCUGGUUCAAGCCGGACCUAACAGCCCAGCAAAAUGCCCUCGACUCUCAAUCCAGGAACCAACGCCAGCGACGUCGUAGGCCCCGCCAGGUCCAAGUUAAAAUGGGUCACGGCGGGACUCUUGAUCCUCUCGCUACCGGAGUCCUAGUGAUUGGCGUAGGCACCGGUACAAAAUCCCUCUCAUCCCUCAUCUCCUGCACAAAAACGUAUGAAACGACAGCACUCUUCGGUGCUAGCACCGAUACUUACGAUUGCACCGGCCGCAUUCUCAAGCGUGCCCUCCACUCCCACAUAACCCCUCAGCUCAUCGAAUCCGCGCUAGAUGCCUUCCGUGGCGAAAUCCUCCAGAAGCCGCCUAUCUAUAGUGCGCUGCAUCAUGAGCGCUGCUCCUCGGCUCAGCGUAUGCGCGCGAAGGGAAGCCUCUGCCCGUUGAUAUCAAGGCGCGGCCAAUGA